AUGGGCAGGAUGUGGCGGGUAGGCGUGGGAGCGCGGGCGGGUGUGGGAUGCCGGGUAACACGGCGGUGCGAAAAGUUUUCUGGGUGCCGGGCAGACAGCCGGAGGCUCGCGGGAGCAGCAAAGAUGGGCAGGCUUCUAGUGAACCCUAUUCAGUUGACGGCGCUGGAGCGUCGGAUCUGCGACGUGAUCCGCGAUUACUGCGCGCAGCUCGGAGACGCGGGGCUGCGGCCGCGGAUUGCGGGGGGUUGGGUGCGGGACAAGCUGCUGGGGCUGGAGAGCGAGGACCUGGACAUCGUGCUGAACAACGUGACCGGCGAGCGGUUUGCAAGCGGGCUGGUGGAGUUCCUGAAGGCGCAGGGUGGGAGCGCGCGGGGCGUGCACAAGAUCCAGCGCAAUCCUGCGCGGUCGAAGCACCUGGAGACGUGCACGACGACGGUGCUGGGCGUGGCAGUGGACUUUGUGAACUUGCGGAGCGAGACGUACGCGGAGGAGUCGCGGGUGCCGACGGUGGAAUUCGGUACGCCGCUGCAGGACGCAAUGCGCCGCGACGCGACGCUGAACGCGCUGUUCUACAACAUUCUGGAGGGCGUGGUGGAGGACUUCACGGGGCGGGGGCUGGCGGACCUUGCGGCAGGGGUGCUGCGCACACCGAUGCCUGCGCGGCAGACGUUUCUGGACGAUCCGCUGCGGGUGCUGCGGUUGGUGCGCUUUGCUGCGCGCUUUGGCUUCGAGCUGGACAACGAGGCGCGUGAGGGCAUGGCGUACCGGGACAUCCACGCGGCGCUGGUGCGGAAGAUCUCGCGCGAGCGCGUGGGGACGGAACUGCACAAGAUGCUGACGAGUGCUGACCCGCUAUACGGGUUACGUCUGCUGUGCGAGGCUGGUCUGCUGCCAGCAGUGUUCUUGAGCCCUGACGGGCUGCCCCGGGGCGCAGAGCAACACGUGUUGGGAAUGGAUUACCAGGUGGAGGCGCUUUGCGCGCACCUGAGCGCGCUAAAGGAACGCUGUCCCGGCUUUGCGGCAGCGUUGGAGGACGAGGCAUUCCGCGAGCGUUUUCUGCUCUCUACUGUUCUGGCCCGCUUCCGUGGGGUCCACGCCACGUCUACGAAGAAGCAGCCAGUCGAGGCCGUUGUAAGCAUUGUCCGCGAGGGGCUGAAGCUGGGCAGGGCUACUGUGUCUGCCGUUCAGAUGGCGGUGCGAUCAAUUGACGAUUAUCAUGAAAUGGUCGAGAACUACGGAUCGUGGUCGCGUGCACGCGUAGGACUACAGCUGCGCGGGCUAGAGGACCACUGGCGACAGUGCCACUACACAGCGAUGGCUUGUCAGUACUUUCUGGCUGCCAACGAAGACGCCCGCUUGGCUCUGAUUGGCUUGUACGGGCGGUUUGAGCAGCACGUCCGCGAGGAGGGCCUCGAGGAUGCACACAAGUUACGCCCUAUGAUUGAUGGCAACCAGUUAGUAAAACUGCUUGGCACGAAGGGUGGUCCAUGGAUGAGCCGCGCAAUGUCCAUGAUGGUUGAGUGGCAACUUGAACAUCCACACGGUACUUCCGAGCAACUCGCAGACUGGCUACAAGCUCAUAGACAGGACUUCCAGCCAUGA